AUGGGUUUAUUAAUUAAUUUUACAACUGUUUUGGUACUUCUUUUGGGUUGUGUAAAAUGUGUAUCUGCUGAUGCUUAUUAUAUUGGACCAACCAUUGGUGGUAUUCUUGGUUUGAUUAUCCUUAUUUUGGAUAUAAUUGCUGCUAUUGAAAUUCUUCGUUCAGGCAAACCAAUGGUAGAAAAACUUCUUUGGAUAUUAUUUAUUAUCUUUUGUCCUAUUAUUGGUUUAAUUGUUUAUUUACUUUGUGGUCGUGCUCGAUCGGUCGGUAUUUAA